AUUCAGCUAGUAUAUUGUAAGCGUUCGCAUCAUUUAUCAUUUUUAGUUACAAUUUCGAAUUUUCACUCUUGUGGCAUUUUUGGACGCAGCGAAAUUAAAUGCGCGUAUAAAAAUCAGAGGGCCCUCAACUCUGGACGCCAGUUUGCAACUUUUGGUAGCCGCCAACAGAUCCCCGCACAGCAUCAUCACAGCGCCCCAAUAUAUGUCCAUGAUGCGUGGAAUUCUAUUUCUCUGCUUCGUUGCUGUGGCGAGCGCCUCGAAAUUGGGCUACAAUUACCGGCCAGCUGUCGACGACAGGCGCUUUGCCGACCUCAUCGAUCGGGAGGCAACCGGAUUCAGUGCAUCGGAUACACGGCAGCAACAGCAACAGCAACAGCAACAACAACAGCAACAACAACAGCAACAACUGUUGGGGCCACAGGCCGUGCCUGAUGAGUUUAAUAAGGAAUUCUAUACAUAUGCCGCGCCCGAGGAGGACUUUGCCGAUCGCGAGGCCACACAGCAAAUCGCCAAUAUGCUGAAGCGCAGUCUACGCGUGCUCUUCAUCAAGUCGCCCGAGCAUCAGGGCCUCACAAAUGCCGCACUGCAGCUGGCGAAACAGUCCAGCGAGCAGCGCACGGCCAUCUAUGUGCUGACCAAGCAGGCGGACGUUGGGGAGCUGGCGCAGCGGCUACAAUCCGAGAAGCAGAACUUCGAGCACAAGCCAGAGGUUCACUUUGUGAAAUAUCGCACGCCCGAGGAUGCGGUGCGUGCACAGCAGCUCAUCCAGCAGCAAUUCAAUGCCCUGGGCGGCAGCUCACGCAGUUCCGAUGAGGGCGUGGCACCGGUGCUGGACUUCAGCUCAGCUCCGAUUGUGGAUGAGCGCUCGCCGGCCCAAGCCAGUGUCGGCUCCAAGUAUUUGCCUGCAGCGUAGCAGCCACGAGUAUUGCAACUAGAAUUCCUUUAGUCAGUUUACGUUGUUGUAGUUGUUUCUGUUAUAUUUUAUUAAAA